AUGGAGGAGCUUUUGGUCAAGCACCGCAAAGAGCAAAAAGACCUGCAAGGGCGCAUUACUCAGAAGAAAAAGUCCGCCACCAAGAAGACUCGCAAAGGUGUCAAUGAUGAUUGUGAGCGGAUGCAGCGCGAGCUCACUGAGCGGCAGCAGGCAGAGAUUGCAGAGUUGAAUGGAGAAUCCACAGAGCCGGCUGAGGAAGCUCUUGAAGACCUCAGCUUGGAAGAUGGGACGCCAGCAGAUGGUGAAUCACAUGAAGACAAGACUUCUUCAACAUCCCAAGCUCCCGAAGAUACCGCGACAGUGCCCGCUCAAGAAUUUACCACGAGACCCAAGAAGCCCAACCGUCAAAAAGCCCGCCUCGCCCGUCGUGCAGCCGAACAAGCUGCCCAGUCUGCAGUGGCCGCUGAAGAAGCAGCCAACCAAACCAAUUACAGGGGCAACGAGCAGGAAGUCAUGGACGCUGUCUUCAAGAAACUAGGUCUGAGAGAGGUGGAAGUCACUCCCGAUGGGCACUGUCUCUACUCCGCGGUCGCCAAGCAGCUCGAUGAGUCUGGAGUUGGCUUGCGGCCGGACCCAAGCCGAAUCUUGCUCCAGCCGUCAUCUCAAACACGCAUCGAUACAGUCACCUCACCACAACACGACGGAUACCGGGCUGUCCGUGCCGUAACAGCAGACUUUAUCACAGAACACAAGGAGGACUUUGAAGCAUUCAUGGAGGACCCGCUGGAUGUCUACACUCGAAAGAUUAAGCUCACGGCUGAGUGGGGUGGUCAGCUGGAGCUGCAGGCAAUUGCUCGAGCCUAUGGAGUGGAUAUCAAUGUGGUGCAGAAGGAUGGCCGAUUAGAGAAGAUUGAAUGCGGCGACAUGAAUAGCUUUGACGAGGAGGAGCAACGGAGACGUGUGGUCUGGCUGGCAUACUACCGGCAUACCUACGGUCUGGGAGAGCACUACAAUGCCCUGUUCAAGAAAGACUGA